CUAGCUCCUUCAAAGAGAAAAGCUUCCAUUCCGGAAUGGAUAAUUGAAAAAAUAGGGGCAAAAAAAGAAGAAGACUUUCCAUGGGGUACGUGGGCGUUUAGAGAAUCCUUGGUUUCAUUGAGAAAGAAUUUGGAUGCAAAGCUUAAAGGAAUCCAUAAUAAUGAUAUGUCACCAACAUUAAAUUACACAGGAUUUUUAAUCCCCAUAUCGAUAUUGCUUAUGGAAUGCGCCCCCGAUUUUGCUCAAAAGUUUGCCGUUAGAACGUCUCAAAGUAUUCCUGUUAGGCCACGGUUAUGUUUGUGGACGCACAAGACAAAAACAAAAAUCUUUAACAGACAUGUUAAAGAAGCUGUGGAAUCAACAAAAAGGGUGCAAAGUAUACUCCUACCUGACUCUAUGGAGGUUGGUUCUACUUGGAUGAUGAACUUAAGGCACAUAGAAGAUACUCACUCGAGUGCCGAGCUGGAUAGAUAUGUCAAAGCAUUAGAGCAAAAUUUAAUCUCUAUUCCAGUCUCCUGCAAAAGGAAGUUAAGUGAGGUGAAGGAUCAUGCCAAGGAGAAACGGUCUUCUAAAAAGGUGAAGGUGUUAAGGAAGAAAAUUGAUAAGGUGGAGAGGAAGAAGAAAGAUGAAGAAUGUGAAAGAAAUCAAGUUUCUCCCACUCAAACUGAGACCACACAGACUUCUACUGCAUCUCCUCAUGCCGCACACAUGCCUUUCUCUCCGUUUCAUCACACUAAAGAGGCAUCUAUGUCCACUCAGUUUCCUGUUAAUGAAAAUUCUGUACAAUCAUAUAUUGAUAAAAAAUGUGAAGAGGAGAAAGAGGAAAAUGUUGAGGAUGAGGCUGUUAAUGAGUAUCAAGAGCAAGAGGUUGAACUUGGUGUUCAACAAGAUGCUGCAGCCCUGAUUAAGGUGGUUCUACAAGAUGUUAAUAUGGAGGAGGGUGAGGAAGUAGCAGGGGAGAAUAAUAAUGUGUCACAAGAAAAAAAAGAUGUAAAUUACUUUAUGUUCGUCGUUCGACCAAAAAAAAUAUGUCAAAAUGAACCAUAUUCUGAAAUUGAGGAGAUUGAAGAGGCAUCAGAUCAAAUUAAUGAGUUAGCACAAGAAAGAGAGAUUAACAUUGUUAAUGUCACUACUCUUAGUGAUGAGGUUUAUGUGGAAAAGAGUGAAGAUGAUACAAAGCAAUGCGAUGAGCAGGUUAAAAAUAUAAAUGCCUUAAUCCAGAGUGAUGAGGCUUUACAGCAUGCUAUUGAUUCUUCUUCUGCUGUUAUUGAUCCUGUUGAAUCUGUGUACUCCCGGGUUCAAUCUGUUCUCAAGUCACUACCCAAGUCAAUGUCCAGCUUAGGAUCCGGUGCUAUUCCAUGUGAAGUUCGUUUGUUUAAAGACAAUGCAACUUCUGCAAAAGAAAUCUUUGACAAGCUGAAAGCAUACCCUUUGGAGGACUUGGCUGAUCCACAGCAUGAAGCUGCAAUGUUGGAGUCACUCUCCAUACUCGCUAACAAUCUUUCUUUGUUCAGCAAUGGGCAGGCUGAAGAGAUUUUGAGCUUGAGUGAUUCUUUUCCUCAGAUGAUGAGGGAAUGGAGGGAAUUGAGUAAAAUAAAGGGGGUCAGUGAGCAUCUUUGGACUACUUUUGAGAAGACGAAGCGCUUGCUGGAGGAUUUAGUGAAAACGGAUGAAGGGAUAAAGAGUAAAGUGGAGGGGCUAGUUAGGAGGGAAAAGGAAUUGAAAGCUGAGCUCGAAAAAAUAGAAAGCGAUAUUCGGCAACUAAAGGUGGAAAGAGGAGAAGUGUCGAAACAGACUAAGAAAGUGUGUGAUCUUGUUGAGGAGCAGGCUUGCACUAUUGAAGGAAGAGAGGCUGAGGUGGAUGGCGCCAACAAAAAGAUGGAGAGUUUGAAGUCCAAAUGGGAUGCAAUGAGACUUCAUCUUGUUGCUUGAAAAGAAAAUAAAAUCUUGGUUGUGUCUAGCUACUAAGUUGUAGGCUCGUUUAGACCUAAUUAUGUGUAUAAGUGUGGUUUAAAAUCUAUUGUCUAUACAAACAUUAGAGAUAGUCUUGUCUAUAUCUUUGAUUCUCUUGGUGCAUUGGGAAGUGUGAUACAAAUGGUCAGUACAUGAUUUCAAGACUCAAUUUUAUGUGCCGGAUGUUAACCUUAUUACGUAAGUUCAUUAACC